AUGGCAUCUUCUUCAAACCCAUCUUCACAAUCAACUGCUUCUUCUGAUGUUUCAAUGGAGUUUUCUCUAAUACCUCCUCAUAGAUCUUCAUACCUUUCUCCAGAACUAAAGGUUUUGGAUGAUCAAGUCUUUGAACAAAUCCCUCAAAUCCCUCAUUUUCUUCCACUUUCAAACUUCAGUGAGAAAAUCAAACAAGGAAUCAAACUAGGGUUAGAUUUAUCCUUUGUUCGGUUUGUUCAGAAACUUCAAAACUCUGAUGAUCCAUCAAUCUUUCUUGAUCAGCUAGAGAAUCACACAACAGAGUUGGAUGAUUUUGAACAUAUGGGUUAUGAAGUCACCAAACUUAGAGUGAGAUUGAAUGUUUUGAGAGAAAAGGCCGAACAAGAUUUAUUACUGAGACUUCAAAUUGAUGAAUUAGAGGAAGAAGCUACGGAGAAAGCUGCAAAAGCUAAAAUUGAAGAAAUUCGUGUAGUGGAGAUGGAAAAGGUGAAGCUUAUGGAAGAUGCAACUAGGAAUUCAAUUGAGUUCAAGAAAUCUUCAAAAAUAAUCAAGUAA